AUGGAUGGUACCGCUUUAUAUGAAGCGGUUGCAGCUAUUUUCAUCGCUCAAGUACGUGGCGUUUCGCUGGAUUUAGGAAGAAUUAUCGCUAUCAGUAUCACAGCUACGGCGGCAAGUAUCGGCGCUGCCGGUAUACCCCAAGCUGGACUAGUUACAAUGGUGAUGGUAUUAGACACUGUUGGUUUACCUGCCAAAGAUGUCACUUUGAUUUUAGCUGUAGAUUGGCUACUUGACAGAUUCCGUACGGCUAUCAACGUAAUGGGUGACGCUUUUGGCUCGGGAGUGGUUCACUAUAGGAGUUUAAAGGAACUGAACCAGAUCAAGUCAAUGCCGACAACACCGAGACACAGCGUUGCUAGUAAGGACAAAGAUAAUCUGCACGGUUCUCAUGAGAACAUGAUCCAAGUUCAAGAGAAUAAUGUUUGA